CUUGUGCUGUUGAGUGCAGUUCGUUCAGCUGUUGCCGGUGGCUAUUCAAUUCCUGUAACACAAUUGUUCGGGGCUGCGACUGCCCCGGCUGCCCUUUUCCCACCACCCUCUCCUUUCCCUCUUUUCUUUCUCUCCAUCUCUCACGGCCAUGGCUCCCCCGCGGCAGCGGACGACAGCCGCUCAGGAUGACUCUCGCUCUGAAGGCUCCAGCACUGCAAGAGAGCAUAAAACGACAACGGGCAAGUCUCGCAAGGGUGCUGGCGGAGCAGCUGCAGUGGCCGCUUUGAACAGUCGCGAGGCAAAAGCAUCUGCGAUUUCUGCAAACGUCACCAGCGCUCCAGCUGGAGGCGAACAGGACAAUUUACCAAAGAUCCCCUGGUCCGACAUGCCCCUCGAACUCCUCCAUUCCUAUCGACAUGCCUACAAACUGUCUACCCCAAGCGCGUUCGCCAGCGAAUACUCCCACCUGCUACUCUCUCGUGGAAUCGGACUCCGAUCACCAACUUCUAUCGCUGCCCAGAGAGCACACCUAGCCCGCCAGGACCAGACGACGAAUGGCUCCCAAUCGAGCGCAUCCACAUCCCGAAAAGCUCUGCAGAGCAAUUCCUCCGCUCCGAAUGGCGUCAGCACAAGACACAAAGACCGUCCUUCGAAUAAAGGCCCAGAUACAAUUGAUACCAAGGGUGCGCUGCAUCACAUAAUUGGUCAGGAAAGGGUAUGCAAGAACCAGCUUGCCGUAACAGUGCGCAAACACUUCAACAGCGCCGGUCUUGCGGAACAGGAAGCUAUUGCGCGGUUCUUGUACAAAGUCCGUGAAGAAGGCAGAGGACGACACUUCCGUCUCAGGUUCCAGCCAUAGUUCCUACACCACUCCUUCUAUGACUUCGCCUCUCCCUUCUAUCACCUACCUCCGAACCCGGAAGAAUCAUCCCGGACCUGCGGAUAGCUCGUGAGCAUAACCUCGGUUCAUUGUGCUUCUGGCCUUGAGCACAAUCUUUAACGGGAUCGGAUUUGAAUCUGCUCCAGAACUCUACGCCCUCCAUUCUCCCUACUCUUCACCCUCGAAACAUCCCUCCUUUCACCGGUCAUCGGGCAUCCUAGUUCCUUUACCUUUUCAUGAUACCCAUUGGUGCUAGCUCAGAUAAGUACUUCUUUCUUACUCCUUUUGAUUGUUUCCUCUGUUAUUCUGGUCUGUCCCCGAGAGGUCAUUGCUUGCUGUAUGUUACCUUUGAGCCUUAUCUGCUUCCAAGCUUCUGCCAUGUCGGCUAUCUUGUAUGCCGCAUUAGACCCUCGCCAUCAGUGCACUGCUCCUUUUCCUUCUUUGGCUCAUAUACUUGUACAUUAUCACUCGGAAAUCGGAGAUAUCGGCGUUUUUAUCUUCCUCAUAUCUUUGUUUAGAGAUCAAUGGCAAUAAUAUACC